AGCCCAAAGCCCAAAAUCUAUAACACCGAGUGAGAGAGAGCACAGCUGAGAGAGAAUCAGAAGAAAUGGACGACAAUCGCAUAUUGGAGAUGGAGAGGCACAGGAGGGAGCAGAUUCGAGAGCUCGAUCCCGAUCUCGAGGAAUUGCAGGUCGAAGAGUUAUAUGACCACCGCCAGCCAUCCAAUGAUGAACUUGCCGCCACUGAUCGUGGUUAUGGUGGUGCUACUUCGUCUGGCGAAUUCACAUUUAACACCAGUUUGGCUUCAUCACAUACGUAUCUUGGCGAGGUUGAAGACACUCACCAUCGGAAGGCUUUCUUGGAAGGCGGCGCCAUCUUGAACCUCCCACUGUUUUAUCUUGAAGGAGUUGUUCUGUUCCCAGCCACCCUUCCUUUAAGAGUUAUUCAGUCAAAUUUUAUAGCCACUGUCGAGAGAGCACUGACCCAGGUUGAUGCUCCUUAUACAAUUGGAGUGGUCCGUGUGCACAGGGAUCCUAACAACGGAAGAAUAAGGUUUGCAACCAUUGGGACGACAGCAGAGAUUCGGCAAUACCGGCGGUUAGAGGAUGGUUCACUGAAUGUGGUUACUCGUGGCCAGCAGAGAUUUCGUCUACGGAGACCUUGGAUUGAUGUGGAAGGAGCGCCGUGUGGAGAGGUCCAAAUUAUCCCGGAAGAUCAACCAUUAAGAACUCCACUUGAUGCAUGUGGGAAAUUGCCACCAUUUUGUAGUCUUCGAAGCCCUAUUGUCUCACUAAAGCGGCCUUCAAAACUCUCUCAUGAUAAAUUGCAUCCAUAUAGGGAUGAGGACAAUGUUUCAGAUUCAAAUUCUGAAGAAUGCUUUGAGAGUGCACUCUCCCUUGUGGAAAGGAGAAGCCACCAUUCCGUGGUUGAUUCUUCUGAUAGGAGUGAUAGAAUGGAUGAAUCAACAAGCAGUGAUGAUGACAAGUUCUUGUGUGAGUCAGACCUACAAUUUAGAAGAUCUUUCCUGAAUGACUCUGAAUCCACAGGAUCAUUGCAUGAAGACCACAAGAAGCAAAUCGAAAAUGUCAAAUUGGGAUUGGGGACCAGUUCCACUCCCGGAAAGCUAUCUUGCAAGGGAGAAGAGCCAGACACUUGUUGGGAAAAAAUGGAUUUCAACAAGUUCCGCAGGGUUCCAAGAGCGUUCUGGCCCUAUUGGGUGUACCGUAUGUAUGACUCCUAUUGCCUUGCCGAAAGGGCUGCAGAUAUGUGGAAAAAGAUAGUCGGGGCACCCAGCAUGGAUGGCCUUAUUCGGACACCUGACCAUUUGUCAUUUUAUAUUGCCAGUAAAAUCCCUGUUUCUGAGUCGACAAGGCAGGAGCUCCUGGAGAUUGAUGGGACUUCAUAUAGAUUGCGUCGGGAAAUUGAGUUGCUUGAGAGUGUCAAUCUUAUUCGAUGUAAAACCUGUCAGACGGCAAUUGCGAGGCGGAGUGAUAUUCUGGUCAUGUCCAGUGAAGGUCCUCUUGGUGCUUACGUGAACCCAGAGGGUUAUGUACAUGAGAUAAUGACUCUUUACAAAGCAAAUGGCUUGGCACCAAGAGGGCGACCACAGAUAGAAUACAGCUGGUUUCCUGGGUAUGCAUGGACGAUCACCAACUGUGCCACUUGUCAAAUUCAAAUGGGGUGGUUAUUCACGGCCACAAUCAAGAAGUUGAAGCCCAGAUCAUUCUGGGGGAUUAGGAGUUCUCAAGUCGCAGAUGACAUGCAGUGACCGCGCAAAGUUAUCAGGUGCUUCCCUGAACGUUCCAGUAACUAUGUAAUAAUAUUAAUGUGUUAGGGCUUCGUGUCAAUCUCUCAGAUGUGUUAUGUGUUGGGGUUCAUUUGCUGUGCCUUCUGCUAUGCAUGACUAGACUUUCAGCUGGUAACAUAGUUACAUAUAUAUGGGGUACAUAAUAACUUGAUAAAAGGUUUGUGAUA